CAGCAAUAGAUAAUGAAUAUCCAGUGAAAGCAUUACUUCUGAGGAAGUCAAGGAAAAGGGGAGGAUGAGUAGCUGUGGUCACCCUGGCCCCCUCCACUGCUUCAUCAUGGUUUCUCUCCGGGGGCUGUUGCCUUCCUUAUGAGCAGCAGAGACUUUAGCCAUAUCUCUGGUGAGUAGAGGUGACUUUCAGAAGUAUGGCAAAAACUGAGAAAAAUGUAUCGAUAGAUGUCGGAAAAUCACUAGCUACCAAUGAGAAGAAAUCUUUUAAAUUGAAAAAACCCAAUUAUCAGUUAAAAUUCACUCUAGAUGGGCACACCAGAGCAAUAUCUGCAGUCAAAUUUAAUCCCAAGGGAAACUGGUUAGCAAGUUCUUCUGAUGACAAAGAAAUAAAAAUCUGGGAAGUUUAUAGUGGAACAUAUAUGAAAACAUUAACUGAUCACAACCUGGGAAUAUCGGACAUUGCUUGGUCAUCAGACUCUGAACUUCUAGUGUCUGCCUCCGAUGAUAAAACUCUAAAAAUAUGGAAUGUUGGUGCAGGGAAAUGCACUACCACACUGACAGGACACACUGAUUUUGUCUUUUGCUGUAACUUCAGUCCCCAGUCUGAUAUCAUCUACUCAGGUUCUUUUGAUGAGAACGUAAGGAUAUGGAAUGUUAAAACAGGUGGGUGCCUCAGGUGUCUGUCUACUCAUUCAGCCCCAGUUACAGCUGUUCAUACUAAUCAGAAUGGAUCCCUUUUGGUGUCAGGCAGUUAUGAUGGUCUCUGCCGAAUCUGGGAUACGGUGUCAUGUCAAUAUAUUAAAACGUUUAUGUCUGAUAACUGCCCUCCAGUUUCUUUUGUGAAAUUUUCUCCAAAUGGAGAAAACAUUCUUACUGCAACAAUGGACAACACACUCAAUUUAUGGGACUUGAAGAAAGAAAAAUGCCUGAAGAAAUACAUUGGCCAUAAGAAUGAAAAAUACUGCAUUUUUGCUGAUUUUUCAGACACUGAUCCAAAACUAAUUGUGUCAGGGUCAGAAGACAAUCUGGUUUAUGUUUGGAAUCUUGAGACAGAAGAGAUUGUGCAGAAGUUGCAGGGUCACACAGAUAUAGCGAUCUCAACAGCUUGUAACCCUAAACUAAAAAUCAUUGCAUCAGCUGCUUUAGAAAAAGACAAAACAAUAAAACUUUGGAAAAGUGACUAAUAAUCUUUUUCCAUAUUUUCAAUGACUUUCUCAAGAUAAACAUGCUGAGGGAAAGGCAAGAGAAAUAUUUGAGAAUGAGAUUUCCCUUCACCAUCUCUCCAGCCCAAUGCAUUUCCCUCUUGGAAAGAAAAACCUGGUGCUAUGAGGCAGAAUCUAUGUGAUUUGACAUAUGGACCUUUCUUUAGUUUUCUGUUUUGUUAAUGAGAAUACUAAUACUAAAUACUAUCAUGGGAAUUCUCAAAAUACUGAUGAUAUUUCUUGCCGGUUUUCUUGAUACUACCAAAAAACAAUUUUCCAUCUUUGUCAUCUAUAAAUCAGUUCCUUCCAUCCUCCCUACAGUUAUAAAUCAAGUCAACAAGAACAGUGAAUUUAUUCCUUUUUUUUGAAUAUUGGAAGGGUAAAUUUCAUUUCAGCAUUAGUUUAUUUCCUUGAAAAAUGUUCUAUAACUUUAAAAAUAUUUCUUGUAUUCCCUUCAACUUUGUGACUAAAUACAAUUACCUAAAUU